UCAUCAGCUAGUCUACCUCUCUGAGUUUACUGCACUGAUAGCCUUCCUUGAUGGCUUCUACUGACUGCACAAAUAAAAAGUUCAUGGAAUAUUCCUCUUUACUUUCUACACUUGUGUUUCUAGUUGGAGCAGGAGUUUCAGCAAAGGAGAUGUUUUCUGGACACAGUAACAUGUCCAAUGUCACUACACCACCCCCUAUCCCUCCGUCCCCUUUCACUGCAAUAACACCCUCUUCUGCAUCACUAGUGCCUGAAGAAGUGGCCCUGCCUGUCCACCUGACUGUGAUUGUUUUAGUAACUGUACUCGUUGCUAUUCUCUUUGUAGCGAUAUACAUUCAACUGAUACUGGUGAUAUGGUUCGGCUACAAACUUCUAUCUUAUCAAACUGUGCUACUGUUCAGUGUCCUAUUGUGGGCAGCUCUGAGACUGACACUCUUUUCGUUUUACUAUUACCACUGUUGUGAGAGUGUGAGGCUACUAUUAAGUGGAGUUGCUGGUUGGGUGAUUGUUUCUUUCCUAGCUGUAUUACAAUACUUCUCUCUUGCUGUGUUAGUGAGCUAUUUUGGAGAUAGUUUGUUCAAGGUGUUUGAGAGACGACAAGAGAUGGCUACACUCACUCCUCCAUACAGGAAGAUGACCACGUACCGAGCUCUUGCAUCACUGCUCUGGUUUUCUUUCGUGUUUGUCUUUCUGGUCGGGAACAUUUCAUUCUACGUUGCCAUUGGCAACGAUAUUCAAAAGGACAGUUCACUUUUACCCACCUUCAGAGUCCUGCUGCAGGAUGGGCUAUUCCUAGCAACGGCUGUCAUUCUGGGUGUCUGCAUUGUGUUGAUGUACACGACCCGUGCUGGUAAGGAUGUUCUGGAAGCCCAGAAUGUCCACAAAUGCUGGCCCAUGCUUGUCUCAGUGUCACUGGUCUUGCUGUUCCUCUCCAGAGCUAUCUACAACAUCAUAGCCGUGAGGCUUACUGACAUCAAUGUGUUUGGGAAUGGAUACACAUUCACAACUGAUAUGGCCGAUAAUGAAUUCUAUACGUCCAAUGGUAAGCACAAUAUGUAUGGCUAUGUGGCUUACUUUGCUGUGCUCGUGAUAUGGGAGAUCAUCCCAACGUACAUGAUUGUGGUCUUCUUCCGAGUCAGAAUUCCAUCCAAAUCGAGCCGAACCUGCCGAGUGCCUGAGGACAUAGAACCUGUUAGAGAGAACCAUUUUUUUGAGAAUCCACAUCGCUUUGAUAAAGUACUACACCAUGCCAACGCUCGCUCUAUUGUCCAAGUGUUCGUGAGAAGCACCUUUAUUACCUCCGACCAUAAGCUGAGCAUUGAGACAAUCAGCUUGAAUGUGAGGCCAACACAAACUAUCAUGGAACUAAAGAGAAUGGUCCACAAAGCUGGUGCCCUCUCGUCACCCAUGAAGCAGAAGCUCACAUUGGCUGGGGAAGAAUUGUCGAAUGCCAGAACCAUCGAAAGCUAUAAUGUGAAAAAGAACACACUCAUCAUUGAUCAAGUCUCAUGGAUUUCAGCUAAAGUUUAUAAAGAUGAUGAGCUGUUAGGUGUAUUCAGUGUUAGCUGUGCCAUUACUGAUUCUGUGCAAAGAGUAGCAGAAAUUUUUCGAGCCAAAUUGAAUGCGUCCAAGCAAAAUUUUUUGAUCUCAUUGUUUUCAUGGAAGCGUAACCUUUUGAACCCUCCUGAGAACAGCACUACUCUAUUUGAUUUGUUGUUUCUUAGGGAGUUGCGUAAGGAAAAGAACAUGAAUCAUAAAGUGGUAUGUUACUUACAAUCCACAUCCUCUGAGACGUGUGACAAUAGAUCUGUUUCAGACCAAAAUUCAAUUAUGUUGUCUGUCAAAGCAUUAACUGGUGAGAUAAUUGAAUUGCCUAUGCUUUCAUCCACUGAUUCGAUAUCCUAUGUUAAGUAUAAAAUAUACAAGUCAACAGGUAUUUUACCCUGUGCUCAAAUGUUGAUACAUUUCGGAAAACAACUGGAGGACAAACACACACUGAGCUAUUACAAUAUUCAUAGAGUCGAUAUGUUACACCUUGUGUUACGCCUAUCAGGUGGAGGAGAGUUUGACUCCCAUACAAUCUAUAUCAUAACACUCACUAACACUAUCAUGCUGGCUGUUGACACACACAGUAGUGUUCUAGAUGUAAAAAAACAAAUUGCUAAGAGAAUUCAAUGUAGGCCAGAAGAUCAGGUGCUUCACUUCCGUAAUGUGGUCUUAGAAGACGAGAAAACACUAAAUGAAUACUCAAUUCCGAAAAAUUAUGCUGUUCACCUCUCUUUCAAGCCCAAAAUGGGUAUAAUUACGUUUUACGUAUACCUACCUGAUGGAAAAUGUGUUACAUUAUUUCUACCCCAAAAUGAAACUGUUCAUCGUUGCGUCGAGAUUAUUCAAAAAGAAAUGUUGGAUCGAAAAUUUGACAUUUCAUUCGGUACAACAAUAUUGAAGGAAGGAUCUAGGUUGAACGAUUACGAUAUUCAAGACGGAGUAAUGAUACAUGUUGUUCCUAGAGAUGGGGCUGUGCCUAUUGAAUUAAUGCUACAUGGCAAGACAAUGAAGCAGACAUCAAUGUCUGUUGAUUUAAGUGAUACUGUAUUGUCCUUAAAAAUGCGAAUAUCAAAUUUAGAACGUCUUUCAAUCGCAAAGCUACAAUUAUUCCUUGGUGAUCGGAAACUUGAAGACCAUAAACUGUUGAGUGACUAUCAAGUACGUAAGAUGACCAUCAUUCAUGUUCAAAUAGUGGCUGAUGAGGCAGAAUCUAUUCGACAGCCCACACUUGAUCCACCAGAGAGCAAGAGACCUUGUCUUACUGGGACUUGUGUUUCUAAAAUUGAUAUCACUGAGCAAAAGGGAGCUUGUGGUAUUGGACCCUGUGUUACUAAAACUGAUGUGCCAAGAGAUGCCCACCGUACAAAAUUGAGUAGUGGAACUGCAUAUGAGGCAGAAACGAGACAGCGAACUAUUGAAACCUUGAUGAGCAAGACCAAUGUAACUGAUGCUCAAUUGGAAAGUGAAAUUGAAAGUGGAGAUCUUUAUCCUGUGGCUGGCUACUUUAAUGACGUGGAACAUUACAUUCAUAAUUUAGAGCUGAAUAAAUCAGAGAUGGCUGAUGUAAGAAGACGUACUCAUGAACUGGGAAACCAGCUUGGAAUAGUGUAUGCCCUCGAGCUAUGGAAGAACAGUACUGUGUCCCCAACAUACAGGUCACUUAUCAAUAUACUCCUGUACCUCAAGCAUGUCGAGGUAGCUAGAAGCAUUUGUUUGUUUCUAACAAAUCUUCAACAUGAAUUAUGAUUUCUAUCUCUGCUCACUUGUGUCAACUUGUCAUUAUUUUUUAUUGUUAUGUAACGUGCACUUUAAUAAUUUAUGGGAAAAUAAAAAGCACCGCGGGUGCUGAUGCCUCGGUGGAGGUACCAAAGCUACAUUAACAUAAAACUACUAAUAGCUAGCUUUUAUACAAAUAUUUAUAUCAUGAACAUUUUUAAUUUUG